CAUCGCUCAGCCUCAGCAUCGUUGGAACGUCUCCCAUUUCCUCUCCGCCAUUAUACUGUAGAUCCAAUGGAGUGAUUGUGGUUAUCUGGAGGUUUACACGGUGAUUAAUCCAUAGCGUGUGGAUGGAUACAAGCGUAGUGUCGAAAAUGGGUCGAUGAUGUCCACGAACUCGCAAACGAACGGGGCAAGCCUAGAAGAUUGCCACACCAAUUUCUUCGCCUUGACGGACUUGUGUGGAAUAAAAUGGCGAGUUUACAUGUGGGACAACCCUGGCGGAAGCUGCUACGCGACUGGCGGCGGCGGCGGCGGUGGCGGCGGGGGGGUGCCAGCUGACCCCCUGGAGGACCCGGUGCUGAUGUCCUACUCCCGUAUGAUCGCCGCCGACGUGUUGUGUGUGUGGCGGAAGACCUGGAGAGGACCGCAGGACACCCCUUCCUCCCCUCACAUGUCGCAGCACCAGCACCACCACGCCCAGCACCAGCUCCGCCACUCCUUACGCCACUCCCCCAAGGAACUGUGGGUCUUCUGGUACGGCGACGAGCCAGACCUCACCAACCUGCUUGCCCCGGAGCUCCUCAGAUAUGAGGAGGACCGUGGUGUGUGGGACUGGGAGAGUGGCCUGUCCUAUGAAUGCAGGACGUUACUCUUCAAGGCGCUCCACAACCUUAUAGAGAGAUGCCUCCUGACACGGGACUUUGUGCGUCUUGGACGAUGGUUUGUGCAGCCGUAUGAGGGGCCAGAGGGCGUUCCUGGCAGCAGCAGCACACACCUGUCGUUCAGUCUCUCGUUCUUUGUCCACGGCGAGAGCAUUGUGUGUGCCAGUGUGGAUGUCCGCCAGCACCCUCCAGUCAGACAGCUUACCCGGAAGCACCUCCUUCUUGCACAGCAGUCCAACCAUGGUGUCCCAGUGAUAUUGGCUCCAUACGGGCUGAGUGGCACCCUGACUGGAGUGAGCUACCGCCACUCUGACCCCUCCGUACAAAAGCUGCUGGAUGAGUGGAGGCAGUUCUUCCCUGUUGAGACCAAAGCUCCGCCCAAUGAAUCCCUGGAGCCCCCACUCCCAGCAGCUGUGGAAGUUAUUGUUGGUGGCCACAAGAUGCGUUACCCAACCUGCUAUGUUUUGGUCACUGACUUGGAUGACUACUUAAUGGCCGGUCGGGGGAACACCAAUGUGGUGAAUGUGGGUCAGGCUGCAGCGCAAGGUGGCCUCAAGGGCGGCCUGACCACUGAGGCGUCCUCUGAGGCCAGCGACACCACCAACCUGCCGAUUCACAACUCCCCUUUCAUGGCCUCCACCCACACCCUCCUUGCCUCAGAGUACAUUGGUUGUGGCGGCCGGGGGCUGGGUUGGUCGAGAGGGAUGUGUGAGCGGGUGUGGCAGGAUGUAGUGCACAGCCCUGGCCAACAGCCCCCUCCCCAGCAAGAUGGCCUCACCCCGGAAGCCAUCCCUGCCGAAAUAGCUGGCCACUGGGAGUUUUCAGACCCUGCCACCAAGAUCAGCUGUUCCUGUGCCAAAUGCAGGAGGGGUCGGGUCAGUAAUAAAGGGUGUAGCAGCAGUAAGGGCCGGGGAGGAAAACUUGGUGGAGGGGGAGGCAGUGGGCGUCUCCGGGGGGGCGGCUGCUCCUUGGCCGGCUGCAUCCCCUUCCACAAGAGGCCUCCUGCAACCCCCUUGGCUGAGGCCGACCAGUGUGGCAUGCCAGCCAUCGAAGAUUCAGAACUUUUGCAGGCCACUGCCAGAUUGAGUGGAGCUGGGACACCGAGUGGAGGGAGUGGGGGCGGAGGAUUCGGAGGUUACAAAAGUGGAGGGGUGACCACGCCAGGUAGUGUUCCCUCCCUCAGGCUGACCGGGGUGAGCGAUGGCCCUCCCCCCUCCGUGGACUCCCCAGCCUCCAUCACACCCUCACCCCUGCCCACGCCACACUCCCAGCCCUCUGUGCCUCAUCAUGAUCCCACCAUGCCAACCCUCAGCCCACACCCUCCUCCCUCCAACACGUCAGUGGGAGAUCCUCCCACUCCUGCACCCCCUGACUCAGUGGACGUCAAGCCCACCGUGUCUGACCUCAUUGGGCCAAAGUCUGUGUCAUCUCCCAACACCCAGGGCCUGUCUCCCCUGGUGGGCGGGGACAGGAGUAAUGGUGUGGAGUCCAACGAGACUCCCAGCAGUAUAGGUGGGAGUGGCAGCAGCAAUAGCAGUGGUGGUGGUGGCAGCAACAGCAGUGGCGGUGGCAGUGGCUGUGGCGGCAACAGUGGUGGUGGUGGUGGUGGUGGUGGUGGUGGUGGUAGUGGUAGUAGUGGUGGUGGUGGUGGUGGUAGUGGUGGCAGCAGUAGCAGCGGUGGCAGCGGCAGUAAUAGCACCACCAGCAGUAACAGCACAGGCAGUGGGGGUCCUCCGAGAGGGCUGAAAAGACCCUCAUUGCCCGGCACAGACUACCACUCACUUCUGGAGCAAGAGAAGCCAAGCACCGUCCUCUAUGAUUACACCAAGCUUAAUGCAUGGCUCCACCAUCCUGUCAAGAGGUUCAAGCCAGCAGAACCUAAGGUGGAGGAACCUCUGUGGCCACCCUACAGACCUGCCCACAUCCAGGAGAAGAUGGAACCUUACAGGCAGGAGGUUGGCCAGGAGAUCCCUGAGAUGAACGGACUGCCUUUGAAGCACCCCUGCAGCAUCAAGAGGCCAGAUGACCCGUAUGACUUUGAGGAUGACCUGGGUUCAGGGGCCACCUUGGAGACCUACAAGAGGAAGGAUGGUCUGGAUAAGGAAGAGGCCAAGACCCCGAGUAGUGAACAGUCCACUCAAGAUCCUCACUCUCCUUGUCAGCCAAAGAAAACCAGUGGAAACCUCUACACUACAGCUGGCCUCCAGCCAUCCUUUGCCGACCUAGAGGAAAUGUUUGACUCAGACUCCCCAGUGGAUGAUGGCACCUUUCCAGACCACACUCCGCCAGGAUCCAAUAAGCCUUCUGGAGGUCCUGAAGACACUGCUGCAGUGCUCAGCAACAAGAGUGGUGGUGCUGGGAGCAAUAAAUCAAGUGUCAAUGCCAGUCUGGUGGAGCUGACCAAAAUGUUCCCCACUCCACCUUCCCAUGAGCACAACCCUGACCAUGACCCGGUGCUGGAGGAUGCCAUCAGUAUUAAGACAGAACGGGUGGAGGAGCCCCGCCUGUCCCAGGUGCAGGAGCCCUUGGGACACCCAUCCAGGGAAGAGCAGCCCCUUGUGCCGGCCGUGUACCAGCCUCCCACAGUGUCCAUGUUUGUAGGCUCCACCAAGUAUGCCCCACUGACCAACCUACCCAGCCAGGAACAUAAAAUGCCAGUUUCCAUCCCUGAAGACUGGGUCUACAAACCUUCCUGGCAGUUUCCAGUCUCUGAGAAGCCCCACAGCACGGCCCCGCCCAUUGUCCACAUGGGGCCUCACUCUGGGGCUCCUUCUUCUUCUACGCCUACCAGCCAUAGCCAGAAGGCUGGGGUGUCUCCAAUCUCCCCCAUGCCCCCGAGCCUUGGUGGAUCCACUUCUGAUGGAGGUCCAGGCUCCCAGCGUGGGCCUGGCAGUGUAGGACCUGCCUCUGCUGGGCCGCCUAUCAACUAUGAGUUGACUUCACCAGCCUCCAACCAGUCGUCCUACCUGAGCAAGGCACUGCCCUCAGUGGAGGCGCCAGGCCCCACGCUGGGCAUGAGCCAAGUACCUGAAGCCACCUCCCUCAUUGUGAACAUCGCCCUCCAGGACUCCAGCAUCAAUCUGUUCCGGGACCACAACUUUGACUCCUGCACUAUGUGUGUCUGCAACAACAACCAGCGCAUCGUUGGCAACAUCCGGGGCAAUGACGGUGCGCUGUACCUUCCUCCAACACAACUCAGCAUGGAAGAGGAGAGCAUCUCCUGCAACUGUGGUUUCUCGGCUGUGGUGAACCGCCGCCUGGCCUUCCAGGCUGGCCUCUUCUAUGAGGACGAGGUGGACCUGACAGGCUUGCAUGACGCCCUGGCCAAUGAGUGCAAGAAGCAGUCGCUGCACCUUCUCACCGACAACAACAACAAGGGAACGGAGAACUCUGACAGGGAGGGUGGGGCAACGGGAGGGACAGGGACAGGUGGAACAGGGACAGGUGCUACAGCAAGUGCAGCGGCAGUGAGUGGUGCUGGUACUGGGCCGGGUAGUGGUGGUGGUAGUGGCGGUGGUGGUGGUGGUAGUGGCAGUGGUGGUGGUGGUAGUGGUGGGACAGGCACACUGGAUCAGCUGCCUCAGUCCCUGUUUCGGCUGCUUCAGAGCCAGUGUUUAGUGACCCUAAGUACCCCCUCCAGUGUGUUGUAUCGUUCUACAACCGUCUACCAGAACACUCGCCGGGACAUCCUCCUCAAUAUUGUAGAUUACAAGGACGGUAAUGAAAUAGCCUACCUGGCCGUGGAACAGUCUAGGGGUGGUGGCCUUAGUGGCAUAACUGAGGGAGAGACUGGACCUGCUGGCCUCAGGUUACAGUGCAUGCACAAGUGGUGCUACUACCAGUUCAAUGGACCUCGUUGCUCUAGAGACAUUGUGCGUUGCAUGAAGGCGCUGCAGCCACACCUUCAGGAGGCUAUACAGAAGAAGGGGCGCAGACUUAACUGGGAACCGGUGUUCAGUGUGGACGGGCCGCUCACGUGGCGUCAGUUCCACCGCAUGGCUGUGCGUGGCACGGAGGACAUGGCCGAGCCUCUGCCCAUUCCCAUGCUGCUGGCUGGCCAUGACAGGGAUUGGCUCUCCGUGGCUCCCCAGUCCCUGCGUCACUGGGAGAAACUGUUGUUGGAGCCCUACUCACAACAGCGCAAUGUUGCCUACGUGGUGGUGGCCCCAGACAACGAGUUCAUCCUCAGCCACGUACGCACCUUCUUCAAGGAGCUCUCCUCCAUCUAUGAACUGUGUCGGCUAGGAAGGCACUCCCCCAUCCAGAGGGUUUUGAGGAAUGGCAUCAUGAGGAUAAGCAAGACAGCUGCCUCCAAGGUUGCCAAUGAGCCUCUGGAGGAAUGGUUCUCCCUUCUGGGUGAUUCUCACAUGUCCACCAAGCUCAAGGUGUACGCUCAGGUGUGUCGACACUGGCUAGCGCCCCAUCUGGCUACCCUCAACAUGGACAAGAGCCUGUUUGAGACACACGGGUCCAGUAAGGCCACUGAGAGGCAGGCACCCUCUCCCAUGCCUCCACCCUCAUCAGAAAAUGCAGCCACACCCAACCCCUCCACCACCCCCACACAGACUCAGGAGCCAGACACCACUACUUACUCCUCCUCCAAUACCACCUCCUCUAGUGCAACUCCCAGCUCUCAGAGUAGUAGCACAGUGCUGGGAUCCGGCGCGAGCCUAAACGAGCCGGACGAUGAUGACUCUCCCACGCCUGCCAUUCUGGUGUACCUGGUGGACCCCUUCAAUGUCGGGGAGGACCAUCCUGACAUGCAUCGCCUGGUGACCCUGGGACUUCUGCGCUGCUACGAACACAUGCUGGAGGGUCUCCCGGAGAGCAUGCAAAACAAUGUGUACCUCCAGAUAAUCUCCCUGGAGAGCAUCCUGGAGCUAGCGAGCGAUUCCCAUGACCGUUCCCGUCACAUCGACCAACUAAAAUCUCUGGCGUUCUCAGUGUUCAUGCAGUGCCGCAGGACACUAACCCAUAAUGCCUCGGUGAAGUCUCUCACUGGGUUUGGUCCUGCUGCUGUGUAUGAUGCCUUCCUCAAGCCAAAGGAAGCUAGUCUUGCUGCUGAAGAGAAGCGCCUCGCUCCGUACCACAUCUUCUCUCCAGCCUAUAUCUUGGCUCCCAUCAAGGAGAGCCGCGGCACCUACAGGGAAGCACAGGAGGCCUUGGGGGUGCCAAGAGAGAAAUCCACCAUACUCAACUGUACCUACUGUCUCUCUGAGGACCAACGGUGGUUGUUAGCUACUGCUACAGAUGACCUUGGGGAAAUCCUUGAAACUGUCACCAUUAGCAUAGAGAUUCCCAACAGGACACGAAGAAAGAAAGCUUCAGCGCGGCGCAUUGGCCUCAAGAAGCUGAUGGACUGGAUCUUGAGUGUCAUGUCCAUCGGAGUGCACCCGUGGCGCCUCAUUGUGGGGCGGCUGGGCAGGAUGGGGCAUGGGGAGCUGAAGGGGUGGUCCUCCCUGCUCUCCCGGAAGUCCCUCAUCCAGGCAUCCAAGAACUUGAAGGAAAUGUGCAAACAGUGUGCUUAUCUUUUCCCCGGGGAUGCGCCCUGCAUCCUCUCUGCUUGUCUGGUCUCUAUAGAAGCAGACUCAUCCUUCCGCAUGAUGCCCGACAUGUUCACACCUGAUGAGAGGUUCGGUCAGAACAGCCAGAACUGCAACCUGUCUACACCUGAAGACCUCACCUGUACUCAUAUACUAGUGUUUCCCACUUCAGCUAAAACUCAGUCUGCCCAGAAGAUGUUCCAAGAUGAGCAGACAUUUGACGAGAAUGCAGACCUGCUGCUGGACAAUGAUGUUGAAAACGACAUAGAUUCUGUAGUGAUGGACAGCAUGCCAAUGGGCCUCAGUAUCAAUGAGCUGCUCAUGCUGGACACCGGCCCCAAUCAAGAUGACCAGCUGGAAGAUGGCGGUGGCCACCGGGACUCCCUCUCACAGCCCUCCAGCCCCAUCAUGGGAGCUGGGGGCCGGACCAGUCCUUCCCAGUUUUCUGGGCAGGCACGGUCCAAUGGUGUGGUUCUGGUGGACCCCCAGGAGGAUGGCCGUGGCUCGGUGCUGCAGCAGCCACUUGCCCUUGGUUAUUAUGUUUCCACUGCCUCAACAGGCCGGCUGCCCCGCUGGUUCUGGUCUGCUUGCCCUCACUUGGAGGGCUCUUGUCCUGUGUUCCUCAAGUCCGCCCUUCAUCUCCACUCCCCAGGCAUCACUCAGUCAGAGGAGUUUGUGCACAAUACCAACAAUAAGGUCCAUCCGCUGGACUCAUCCUACACCACAGAUGUUCUCAGAUAUGUGCUUGAGGGCUACAAUGGCCUGUCAUGGCUGGUGCUGGACCCGGCCAAGCAGGACAGGAGGUCAUGCCUGCCCCUCCACAUGCAGGUCCUCGCCCACCUGUACAACAUUAUGGCUGCCCUCGUAUGAUGUCCCAAGGGCAAGGAUAACGUGUCUUGAUAUCAGUAUUUCCUUGAGCUGUGGUGCAAUUGUUGGGCUUUACAGAAAGUGUCUCCUCGCCGGACUACAAAAAAGUGCUCUUGAAUGAAAUUACAUCAUGGUUUCUGUUUUAUGGAAAAGUGUUCUUGUAAUUGUUCUGUAUUUUAUAUAAAUUUUAACCACUAAUUCAGAUUCUAAUUUCAAGGAUCUCUAAAAAUAAUUCCAUGAAAAUUCAACAAGAGGCAGAAUUUUCCUAACCAUUUUGUAAUUUGGAAAUGACCUAAUAAUGAAUAGCCUCUUGAUUGUUUUGGUGAAAUAUUUUGUUAAGAAUUUUAAUAUUUAAUUUUUAUGGUGAGAGAGUUUGUGCCUGGGUGACUCUCAAGAGGCUUACAAUGAGCUGCGGGUUGUAGCGUAGUGCUGGCGCAGCGUGUGUUGGAUCAGGGAGGCAGAGCAGAUGAACCAAAGCAUUAUUACAGUAGGGCUGAUGCAUAAUUUUCUUAAUGCUCAAAGAGAAGGUGUUACCUCACAAAACUUGAAUUAUCUCAAAGAUCAAUGUAUAUAUAUAUAUAUACUUAACUUAUUGACCAGGAGUCCACCACAAUGCAAUCAAAACAGUCCUGCCUUAGGGAGAGGGACGCACGGUCGGACCACCUCGGCAGACUGGGAGGAGCCGCGGCGACCGGCUGUACGUUGUGCUGAAUCACACUCUUGGGCGAGCGUAGGCAGGUGGGCUGUUGGUCCGUCAGGCUGGGCAAGGUUAGCCAGUGCAUUGUUAGUGACUAGUAUCCAAGCAGGAUUGUCUGUGAUAAAAUGAGUGACAGAUUGUACUUCAUAUUGGAUAUUUAUGCCUUUUAUUAUUAACCGGUUUUCAGCAUUGCGGUGCUGGCAACUCGAGUAAUGUAAACUAAUAAGGCAGUGGUGUACAAGCCAGGUGGGCCCAACUCUUAAGAGGCCAAGAGCCACUGCCCCCCCAGUGCUCCAGAUAGUGUACAGAGCAGCGCCAGUUUGUUCACUCACCUGUAGCCAAAUUGUAUAUAAAGAUUAGGAAGGUGACCUGUGAGCCCUUGGGAGGUGGCAGUGUGUGAUUGGCUCCCAGUGACCCCCAUCUCCCCCCCCCCACUGCUGGGUGUACAUAAUAGCCUAGGUUACUUGUACAGCGAGACACACGUUUUACACCUCCUGACUGUUUAUAAAAGUUAAGAAGUAUUCUCUCUCCCUCUGGUGCAACUGCCUCCCAUCUUGAUGCAAACGGAAGGGGUUGUAGUGUAAAAUAUUUCUGUCAGUAAAUUCAAUUGUUUAUUUUGAGACUAACUUAAAAAAAACAUAAAAAAUCAAGUAGUAUUUAAGGUUAGAUAGUUUAAAGAAGUAUUUUACAAAGGAAACAUUUGUACAAGAAGUGUAUGUAUUUUACAAAGUGGAAGACAGUUGAAUCUUCCACGGCAAGAAAGUGCUUCACUCGUCUCCGGGUCCUGCAGCGGUGCGUGACUCUGCCCGACAAGACAAUAGUGAUGAGCUGGGCGCCGUGGCUGCCACAGUGGUCGGAGGGACUGAGGAGUGAAGACAAAACUUAAUGCACUUUUAUGCAUUCUUUUGAGGUUGGGACAGCCUUAUGCCAGCCAGGGUGCGUGUGGAGCAAGCUAUUUAUAUGUGUGUGUCGUGAGAAGUCGUGAGCCAACAACUGUCUACCAGAUGAACUGUUUCAGGACUGGACCGUUUUGUUACAUUUUUUAGGAAAUGUGUAUUUUAUGAGGUACUAUAGCAUUUUAUAUGUAAAGUUUUAUUUAUGUUGAGUUUCCGACUAUGCAGUAUUGUAGAGAGAGUAUUUGAUGGGGCUUCAUCAGGUGUGUGACACUGCUAUGUGGACUCUGAACAAUGAAUAACUCUUAGGACUCAUUCCACUUUUAAGCCAAAUUUUGAUCAGUAAAUUGUUUUUGAAAAGCAAAACAUUUAUGUGAAAUUGAGUAUUGAGACUGCAAUAAAGUGACUGUAUGCAAUCACAGAAAUAAAUGAGAUUAGCUGUGCAUAGAGUAGACAGAUAAGGUCAGGGUUGGCUGUGGGCCGGCGGCAGCUUCUUCCUUGCUCAAGCACUGUACUGUCUGUCCUGUCCUCUUCCUUCCAUUCACAGGAGUAGCGGCGGCGGUGAUGUGCAGACCGGCAUGGCACAAACCAUCCAUCCUCCUAAGCACAAAGUGUAGGAUAGUCUUAGGAUACCCAACAUCUCACUUCUCCAUCCUGCCACCCUGCCACUUUCAUUCCUACUCUCAUCUUUAGUUUGUUUCCACUUAUUGUACAGAAGCAUCCACAUGAAUUUGUGGAUGUUUAUUUUAGACAUUUUUAACAUCACCAUUAUCAUGUAUACAUUCUGACAAGGUUAUUUACUGCAUAUGACAUCUUGUGAAGCACCCCAUACUGGACAUGACUAUUGGCAAUAUUGAUCCUUGAGAGCUUUAAUGGUUUGAGGUGUUUACAUUAUCUGUAGACUGACAACAUCUGAGGUAGUGGCUAGAACAAGGCACCUCCAUACAUAUGUACAAGCAUUCCUUGACUCACAUUAUCACAGUGUAAGAGAAAUAUUAGCAAGGAGCAGGAAAGGUUCAGAAAAAAAAAUAGAAGUGAGUUGAGAGCUGUGUGAAAGUUGGUGGUUCAGUUGGGUUUAGGAGAAUAAAACAAUUAGAUGCCUUAGAGGAAGGAAUACCAGGACUAGAAUUGACUUGCAGCCAUUUCCCUAAAGACCAGGCAUUGGUAGCUAAUAAAUAAAUAGACACUGAGGUGGGAUGGUGUGUGUGUGUGUGUGUGUGUGUGUGUGUGUGUGUGUGUGUGUGUGUGGAUGGGUGAGGCGUUGUGUUGUCCGUUGUCUCAGCAGUCCAAAUUGUUCAUAGGGAGGUUAUUCCCUUUGCUGUGGGAUGUAACAAGGAAAGAAGUUAGCUAUUUUCUGGUGUUCUUGUUUUUUUUUUUUUUUUUUUUAAUUUCUGGAGUUAUUGGAUUAUCAGUUGAGCUUACAAGUUCUAAAGAGCUUAAUAGUAGUUCUUUAUAAAAUUCAAACAAUUUACAAAGAAAUAGAAACGUGCUAGCAUAAUAAUUAAUAGAACCAUCUCUAUUGUGAAAAUCAGACAAAUAGCUUCAUGUCCAUGGUGUCGUCACUCCAUCUAAACCAUUGAAACAUUCACCAUCACCAUUACAUCCCAAAGGCUCAUUAAUUCAUCACCAAAGUAAAUACACACACACACACACACACACACACACACACACCAAGGUGAAGGUUAGGGAAGGCCCUCCCUCUUCCCACCGCCGUCCGCUCGCACCCUUACCUUCUCUUCAACGUCAAACUUUACAAUAAUUAUUUUUUUAUGAAGCUGACCCUCGCCUGACUCUCCCAGCAUAUCAGCGUUUUGUUUGGGUUGUGCUGCCAAGGCCCGUGUGAGGUGAGCGUGUGUGAGUGUGAGGGGGAGCCGUGCUCCAGGCUCCCCACUGUCAUUAUUAUCAUUGGUAUAAAAUACAGUUUUAUGUGUAA